AUGGACCGCACGCAGCGUGAACGGCCGUCUCGUGCGGCGUAUGCAUCCUUACCAGUCAUCAGCCAAGCGCGAGAAAACACGGACUCCGAGUCACGAAUACCUGAGGACAUCUUUGAACUACUUCAAAACGACUCGCCAAAAGACUUCUUAGAUAGCUUGCAUGGACAUCUGCCAGACGGAUUGUCCCAGCCCCAUCGAGAGGCGUAUGGCGCAGGAAAAAGAGGACGUAGCCGGCCGGACUCGUCAGAGAAGCCAGAGAGACUGCGGACAUCGAAGAGAUACGAAAGCGGCAUCUCGUUGUUCAAAUAUCACAAGAGAGAAGCUACCGAGAAACAAGCAACUCUGAAUUCGCAGUACCGCGGGAGGGAACAAUGGCACGACAAUUUCAAGAUGGGAGACACACAGCGAGGGUAUACCAUCUCCAAUUCGACCAGUUGA